UGAGUUCCGACCAACACGACGUUUGCAGAUCUUGGCCGACAAACAGGAUAGAAAACAUGGUUCACGUAACGCCAGCUAAGCGGAAGGAAGAGGACGGAAUAGCAAUUGACACACAUCAAGGUUUUGCAUCUCAGUCCCCGCAUUCUCGUACCCCGAACUCCAUCCCAUCUCUCAAAAAGCGCAAAAGCAAUGUCACAGCGCUCUUGGGCGCUGCACCGUCGUUUGAGGAACAGCUGGAAAAACUGUCUCAAAACACGGUGAAAGUCUUCUGCAGUUGAAAAGUAUGAGCUUACCUGGCCGCGCCCAAACCUACCUCCAAUAGACCCGACAAAGGACCCCAUUGUGUUUCAACAAAUUGAGAUUGACGAUACGGUGGAAGGUUAUGCAGCUGGCCUUCGAAAUCCUUAUUGUUUAGAUCAUGGGUCCACACUUCGUAUGUACGGGACAACUAUGGAAGGACAUAGUGUAACCUGCCACGUUCACGGUUUUCUCCCAUACUUUUACGUGCCCGCACCAAUGAACUAUCGUCCCGAAAAUAAGAAUGAUUUGCUGCUAGCUAUCAACAAUUAUGUACGACCCGCCAAAAGCAGUUCAGGGGGCCCCGUUGUGGAUAUUGAUAUGGUGAUGAAAUCCAGUAUCUAUGGCUACCAUGGACCGAAGAAAGCUCUAUUUUUGAGAAUUAUUGUACGUCUGGCGUCUUAUCUUCCGGCCGCGAAGCGAAUAUUCAGGGACGGGUUCGACGUGCAUGGACUUGGAAGAGUUGUGUGUGAUCCCACUUAUGAAAGCAACAUUCCGUACCCUUUGAGAUUUAUGAUCGACACAAAAAUACAAGGAGCUAGUUGGGUCGAACUUUCCCCGAAGACGUAUCGUAUAAGGACGGCCAAUAAUAGGACAUCCACUUCGCAACUAGAAGUAGACGUGUACACGGAUGAUAUUGUAGCACAUCAACCAGAGGGGGAUUGGCAAAAGAUUGCUCCAUUGCGAAUUCUGAGUUUCGAUAUCGAAUGUGCGGGGCGUAAGGGUGUUUUUCCUGAUGCGAAUGUCGAUCCUGUCAUUCAAAUCGCAAACAUGGUUACACUUCAAGGGGAGACUCGUCCAUUCAUUCGAAACGUUCUGACAUUAAAGAAGUGUGCGAAUAUCGUUGGAACUCACACAAUGAGCUUUGAGCGCGAGGAAGAGCUCUUAAAAACAUGGAGCGAGUUUGUCGUUACAAUGGAUCCAGACAUCAUCAUCGGCUACAACAUCAAUGGGUUUGAUUUCCCCUACCUCUUGGACCGAGCCAAGGCCUUGAACGUCAAAGAUUUCCCUUUUUUGGGUCGCAUUAUAGGCUCCCAAACUUGUGCCAAGGACAGUCGCUUCUCGUCGAAAGGUCUGGGCACGCGCGAUACGAAAUCUAUCAAUCUGGAAGGACGAUUGCAAAUGGAUCUCUUGCAGGUUAUGCAAAGAGACUAUAAGCUAAGAUCAUAUACGUUGAACUCCGUUUGUGCGCAUUUCUUGGGUGAGCAAAAGGAAGAUGUACAUCAUUCCAUUAUCACAGACCUUCAAAAUGGAAAUGAUGAGACCCGACGUCGUCUGGCAAUUUACUGCCUAAAGGACGCGUAUCUACCACAACGACUCUUGGAUAAACUCAUGUGUGUCAUCAACUACAUGGAAAUGGCUAGAGUCACUGGAGUCCCUUUCAACUACUUGCUCACAAGAGGGCAGCAAAUCAAAGUUGUCUCACAACUGUACCGUAAAGCAAAGACGGAAGAUUUGCUUAUUCCUGCUCUGGAGGUUGAGGGAUCAGAAGACGUUCAAUACGAGGGAGCCACUGUCAUUGAGCCGGAAAAGGGCUUUUACGAAUUGCCCAUUGCGACUCUGGAUUUCACCUCCCUAUAUCCAUCUAUCAUGAUGGCGCACAAUCUCUGUUACUCUACUUGGCUGCGGGAUGUGCGAACGGCUGAACAACAUGGAUUGGUACGAGACAAAGACUACAAGGUGACUCCCGAUAAUGCACUUUUUGUCAAUCCAUCAGUGCGCAAAGGAAUCCUGCCGACUAUCUUGGAGGAUCUGAUUGCUGCUCGGAAGAGGGCAAAGGGAGACUUAAAGAAAGAGACAGACCCUUUCAAACGAGCGGUUCUCGAUGGACGUCAACUGGCCCUUAAAAUCAGCGCCAACUCCGUUUAUGGGUUUACCGGUGCGACCAUCGGAAAACUACCUCUCCUGGCGAUCUCGUCGAGCGUUACUGCAUAUGGUCGAGUCAUGAUCGAGGAAACCAAGAUGCGUGUUGAGGAAAAGUUCACAAUUGCAAACGGUUUUGAGCAUGACGCACAAGUCAUAUACGGAGAUACAGAUUCCGUCAUGGUCAAAUUUGGAGUUAAAACGGUUGCGGAGGCCAUGAAGCUUGGCCGUGAAGCGGCGGAUUAUGUAACAAGCCAUUUCCAGAAGCCGAUCAACUUAGAUUUUGAAAAGGUAUACUUUCCGUAUUUGUUGAUCAACAAAAAGCGGUAUGCGGGUCUAUAUUGGACCAAUCCGACGAAACAUGACAAGAUGGAUACUAAGGGUAUUGAGACCGUUCGACGAGACAGUUGCCGUUUGGUUUCCAGUGUUAUUGAAACUUGCUUGAAAAAGAUCCUGAUAGACAGGGAUGUGAAGGCUGCAGAAGAGUAUACAAAAGGUGUCAUUGCCGAUCUGCUUCAGAACAAGGUGGACUUGUCACAGCUAGUCAUCUCAAAGGCUCUUGGGAAAGCAGAGUAUGCUGCCAAGCAGGCCCAUAAUGAGCUUGCUGCAAGAAUGCGAAAGCGUGAUGCAGGUUCAGCCCCGGCGCUCGGCGAUCGUGUAGCAUACGUAAUUAUCAAAGGAACUAAAGAUGCCGCGGCGUACGAGAAAGCGGAAGAUCCCAUCUACGUACUGGAGAAUAAUAUACCCAUUGACACAAAGUACUAUCUGGAGAACCAGCUGUCAAAACCCCUCAUGCGAAUCUUUGAACCAAUUUUGGGUUCCAAGGCACAGACGUUGCUCUCGGGCGACCACACCCGAGUGAUAUCUGUCGCUGCCCCAACAAUUGGAGGCUUAAUGAAGUUUGCAGUGAAAACGGCCACUUGCCUGGGGUGCAAAACUCCUUUGAAGAAGAAUGAGUCCGCUGUUUGCCACCACUGCAAACCUCGCGUUGGGGAACUCUAUCAAAGACAGCUGGAUUCUGUCAGUGAUCUCGAAGUCAAAUUUGCCCGACUAUGGACUCAGUGUCAAAGAUGCCAAGGAAGCUUGCACCAAGAUGUCAUCUGCACGGCGCAGGACUGUCCGAUUUUUUACAUGCGAAAGAAAGUGCAAAAGGACAUGAAGGAUUCCUCGAUGGUUCUAGACAGGUUUAAUUAUGCUUGGUGAAGUGUACAUGGGAUGCUAUUCAAUGGAAACGUUGGGUUCUGACGAUCAGAUAGAUGGCAUAAUUGUUGGGCUUGUAUUUUCCUUAGUUUGAAUUUGUAUAUUUCGCCAUCUAUAUGUAAUUAUGUCAAUGGGAAUUUACGUUGAAUGCAGAAUCAACGAUAUAUGCUGA